GUUAAAAAAAACUUGAAUAAAUUAGACACAAGGUAAAGGGGGAAAAACACUGAAAAAGCGAAAACCUUGAACGGGGUGCGCAGUGUGUUGGGGGAAGAAGUAGAAGCGUGUAACCCUAGUUAGGGUUUGCAGUUCAAUUUGGGAUUCCUCUCUCGUGCGAUUGUAGCGCUGGAUCCGUAUCGUCUUCCUCCGUCCACAGAAGCGCCUUUCGCUCGAUCUUUCGGCGAUCUUGGUAACAUGUAUGGUCCUCGAGGGGCAAUGUUGGGAAGCGGGGGGGUUUCGGACGGGUACGAGGUUGGCUCAAAGAGACAAAGAAUGAUGGAAUCAAAUCCAUACUUCGCAGUGAGCAGCGGGACAGGCAACUUACCUUAUGGAUAUGCAGGUGGCUUUCAGCCCCCUCCCUUUCCUGUGGUUCGUCUCAGGGGGCUUCCAUUCAACUGUACUGACAUUGACAUCUUGAAGUUUUUUGCUGGACUGACCAUUGUCGAUGUGUUGCUGGUCAAUAAGAGUGGACGCUUCUCAGGAGAGGCCUUCGUGGUAUUUGCAGGAGCAAUGCAGGUUGAGUUUGCUUUACAGAGAGAUCGCCAGAACAUGGGUCGCCGGUAUGUAGAAGUGUUCAGGUGUAAGAAACAGGAUUAUUAUAAUGCUGUUGCUGCUGAGAUAAAUUACGAAGGAAUAUAUGAUAACGAUUACCAUGGUAGUAGUCCUCCACCCUCCCGAUCAAAGAGGUUCAGUGAUAAAGAUCAAAUGGAGUACACUGAGAUAUUGAAGAUGCGUGGCCUUCCCUUCCAAGUGACAAAAUCUCAAAUUGUUGAAUUCUUUAAAGAUUUCAACCUGAUAGAAGACAGGGUACACAUUGCAUGUCGUCCUGAUGGGAAAGCUACUGGAGAGGCAUAUGUGGAGUUUGUUUCAGCUGAGGAGGCCAAGAGGGCAAUGUCCAAGGAUAAAAUGACCAUAGGAUCAAGGUAUGUGGAGCUGUUCCCUUCUACUCCAGACGAAGCUAGACGGGCAGAGUCAAGAUCAAGGCAGUGAUCGUGGUAUUUUAUCUUGUUUUAGGACUUCUACCCCGUUCCUUCUUAUGCUACUAUAAUGUUUUAAAUUUUAGAUGUACUUUAUUAUUAGUAGUUAAACCUGUUAUAUUUGCCUGUCUUAAAUGGAUGCAUUAAUUGAUUAAUAGAAAGGGCCUUGGAAUAA